CUUUCCACUCUUCCUCCCCACUCCAGAGAAUACCACUUUGUGAACCAGACAAUGACCUGGACUGAAGCUCAGAGUUACUGCAGAGAACACUUCACUGACUUGGUCACCAUCUACAACAGCAACAUCAACCAACUGCUUCUCUCAAUUUCACCAGAGAUCAAUGCUUGGGCUUGGAUAGGGCUCUAUGAUGAUCGUUACAGCUGGAAGUGGUCCAUGGAGGGGAAACGUUUUUAUGUUGGCAGUACACAUGAAUUUCUGAUCUGGGCUAACGGCCAACCAGACUGUGUAAAUGCAAAGGAAUACUGUGUGGCUCUUCAGGGACAAACACAGAUGGAUGAUAGACCCUGUGGAGAUUUUUACCCUUUCCUGUGUUACAAUGCCAUAAACACAAGUUACAUCUUAGUGAUGGAGAGCCGCUCCUGGUCAGUGGCUCAGUCGUACUGCAGGACAUACCACACAGACCUGACCAGUAUAAGAAGCAAAGAGGAGAAAUCCAACAUCACGCUCACUUUGAAUGGAUCAGGGGUUCAGUAUGUGUGGAUUGGCCUAUACAGGGAUCCCUGGGCCUUCUGGUCUGACAACACAACCUCCACAUUCACUAACUGGAUGUCUUAUCCUUAUAAAGAGCCUGAUAACUAUUAUGCAUCUGAGGACUGUGGAUCAUUUUAUUUAAUGACAGGGGAAUGGAGUGAUGACUCCUGUGACUACAUACAAUAUUUUUUCUGUUUCACAGGCCUGACAGGCUUCAGGAUUCAUUGGAGGAAAGUCCAGAGUUACCGUGACGACCAGUCGAAGAAGCAGGAUGUGGACAGUGACUGCAAAACUGAAGACUGA